AUGUCUGAACAACAACAGGCUGACCCCAACAACCCUCAAACCAAUGAUCUCGAGCAGACACAGCCGACUGAGGACAUCCUCAGCGCUCUGAACGCACUCACCAAUUCUCGUGCUCCUACCGAGCAGGCGUCCGCGCCGUCGGAGUGGCAGCAGCUGCGCGAGAAGCUGCGUGAACACCCGCUCGACCCAGACGGGUGGGCCAGGCUCGUCGACCUAGCAGAGUCCGCGGGAGAGCUUGAGCAGAUCAAAGCGACGUACGAGGCCCUCUUAGAGACCUACCCGAACACGGCCUCCGCCCAGAUUGCAUACAUCAACCACUACCUAAGCCCUGGUCUAUUCUCGUACGCUGAGGAGCUCUUCAAGCGCUUCCUCCGCACGUCUCCCAUAGUAGAGUUAUGGAAGUUCUACCUCACCUACGUCAGACGCAUUAACACGACCCCGAAUUCGCGUGAGAACAUCCGCCUGGCGUACGAGUUCGCGCUGAACCGCAUCGGCCAUGACAAGGACAGCGGCGAGAUAUGGAAUGACUACGUGCAGUUUAUCAAGUCUGGCAAUACGACCAACACCUGGGAAGAGCAACAGAAGAUGGACGCGCUCCGCAAGGUGUACCACCGCGCGGUGCAGAUCCCGCUUGAGAACGUCGAGAAGCUGUGGUCCGAACUCGAGACGUUCGAGAGUGGCCUUAACAAGAUCACGGCCAAAAAAUUCAUGUCCGACCUUUCCCCCGCGCACAUGCAAGCUCGCACCGUCCUGCGCCAGCUGCAGCGUCACCUCGGGCCCCUCUUCCCGCCCGGGCCCACGUCCUCGUCCAGCGCAGGUGGCGGCAAGGUCGCUCAGAAUCUACCGGCGGCGCCGACGUUCACCGCGGGCGAGCGCGCGCUCGUCGGCUCAUGGAAGGCGUAUCUCAAGUGGGAGGAGAGCAAUCCGCUCGAGAUCGAGGAUAAGGAACGCGCGACGUUUAUUGGGAGGGUGCAGCAGGUGUAUAAGAAGGCGGUGAUUCGGAUGAGAUUUUUUAGUGAGGUUUGGUACAUGUCGUUUGUGUGGACGAACAGCAUCGGGAAGCACGAGGAGGCGGUGAACAUUCUCAAGGCCGGAAUUGAGUCCAACCCUCGGAGCUUUCUCCUCAACUUCGCCUACGCCGAAGUCCUCGAGAACCGCGAACAAUAUACCGAAGUCGCAGCGAUUUACGACAAACUCCUCGAGCUCCUCCGUAUCGAGCUCGAAUCACUUGAGGCACGCGCCUCCUCAUCCACCAACACCUCUCUUUCCUCCUCUCAGGAAUAUGCACCUCCCACGAACGGCUACAAUAUGAACGGCUCGAUGGCCUCGAUCGGCACGCAGCCCGCGGACGAGUCGGGCGGCAAGGAUAAGGAGAAAGACAAGGACAAGGGCAAGUCCAAGGAGCUCGCUGAGCGCCGGUCCGAGUUCGGGCUGGUGUGGACGAUGUACAUCCGCUUCGCGCGGCGCGCGCACGAUCUCAAGACGUUCCGCUCUAUCUUCCAGCGUGCCCGGCGCGAUCGAUGGACGCCCUGGGAGGUGUAUGAGGCUGCGGCGCUGAUGGAGUACCACUGUACCAAGGAGGGCGGCGCCGGCGUGGCGAGCAGGAUCUUUGAGAAGGGAUUGGAGAGUUUUGGGGACGAGGUCGAGUUUGUGCUUAGGUAUUUGGGGUUUUUGAUUAGUGUUAAUGAUGAUAACAAUGCACGCGCGCUGUUCGAGCGCGUCAUCACGACCUUCACCCCAGACAAGGCGCGUCCGCUCUGGGAGCGCUGGGCGCGGUACGAGUACCAGUUCGGCGACCUUAAGGCUGCGCAGGCGCUCGAGAAGCGCAUCGCGGAGGUCUACCCCAACGGUCAGUCUCCCAUCUCUUCCCCGCUUAUCCCUGACACACGGUACACCGAACUUACACUUCGUCGCAGACCCACCGAUCAAACGCUUCGCCCAGCGUCACACCUACCUCGGCAUCGACGCCAUCGCAGCGCGCGAUCUCGGCUUCGCGAUGGCCGCCUCGCGCGGCACAGCGAACCAACAAGGCAGCCAAGGCCAAAUGGGCACCGCGCUCUCAGCGCUGUCGAUCGGCCCGAGUCAGUCCAGCCAGUCGCUCGACAGAGGGCGCACUGA